AUAAAAAGCACUUAAAAUUGUUUGUCUAUAGCCGCUUCAAGAGAUUUUAUUAAAUUGAAAUAGAAGAAGAGCCAGGAUUAUAUGAAAAAUGUCAUUUUCAUCGGACGAAGUUAAUUUUCUUGUUUAUAGAUAUUUACAAGAAUCAGGAUUUUUGCAUUCUGCUUAUAUGUUUGGCAUUGAAUCGCAUAUAUCUCAAAGUAAUAUAAAUGGCGCGUUAGUUCCUCCAGCAGCUCUUUUGUCAAUCAUCCAGAAAGGAUUGCAAUAUACGGAAGCAGAAAUAAGCGUUGGAGAAGAUGGAACAGAGACGAAAAUCGUGGAGAAAUUGAGUCUUAUUGAUGCUGUUAUGCCGGAAGUAGUUGCAAAUCGUCAAAAUCAAUUGAAUAAAACAAAAGCUACGCUGGCUGAAACGACGGAAACGAAUGGAGAACAAACAACUGAAGCAGCUAGUUCAACUGGUCAAGAAAAGACAGAUGGAGCAAUUAAAGAUGAUCCAGAUGCUGACAAUUUCAUAGAAAUUUCUCAAAAUAAAGCAACAAUAUUGCGAGGCCAUGAGAGUGAAGUGUUUAUUUGUGCUUGGAAUCCUAUGCGUGAUUUAUUAGCCAGUGGUUCUGGUGAUUCAACUGCCCGAAUUUGGGACAUGUCAGAUAAUGCAUCAUCCAGUAAUCAAUUGGUUCUACGUCAUUGCAUCAAACAGGGAGGAGCAGAAGUUCCAUCAAAUAAGGAUGUUACAUCAUUAGAUUGGAAUUGUGAUGGAACUUUUUUGGCUACUGGUUCUUAUGAUGGCUACGCUAGAAUUUGGACAACAGAAGGACGCUUAGCAAACACAUUGGGACAACAUAAAGGUCCAAUAUUUGCAUUGAAAUGGAAUAAGAAAGGAAAUUUCAUUUUAUCUGCUGGCGUUGACAAAACUACAAUCAUUUGGAAUGCUGUAACGGGUGAAUCACAUCAACAAUUUUCAUUUCAUAAUGCGCCAGCACUUGACGUCGAUUGGCAGACAAAUACGUCAUUUGCAAGUUGCAGUACUGAUCAGCAAAUCCAUGUUUGUAAAUUGGGAGCUGACAAACCUAUAAAGACAUUUAUUGGUCAUUUGAAUGAAGUAAAUGCUAUCAAGUGGGAUCCACAAGGUCAAUUACUGGCGUCUUGUUCCGAUGAUAUGACUUUAAAAAUUUGGUCAAUGAAUUUCGAUUCAUAUGUACAUGAUUUGCAGGCACAUUCAAAGGAAAUUUAUACAAUCAAAUGGUCACCGACUGGUCCAGGAACAGCAAAUCCUAAUAUGAAUCUUAUUUUAGCUAGUGCAAGUUUUGAUUCGACAGUUCGCUUAUGGGAUGUUGAACGAGGAACUUCUAUUCAUACAUUAACAAAACAUACUGAGCCUGUCUACUCUGUAGCAUUCAGUCCAGAUGGUAAAUAUUUAGCAUCGGGAAGUUUCGACAAAUGCGUUCACAUCUGGAGCACACAAACAGGAGCUCUUGUGCACAGUUAUCGUGGAACAGGAGGAAUAUUCGAAGUCUGUUGGAAUUCAAAAGGCUGCAAGGUUGGCGCUAGUGCAUCUGAUGGAUCCGUUUUUGUUUUAGAUUUAAGAAAACUUUAAAGUAAAUGUUUAUUUUUAAAAGAAAAUUAAUUGACGAUUCUCAUAAAUGAGACAAUACAAAACAUUAAGAAAAAAAAAUUAAGAUCCGAUUAAGAGCAUUUGUAUACUUGCAGAUGACAUUAAAAAAAAUUGUUUUGAAACAGAA